GGAGGGGGGCGCCGGGAUAGGAACCGGGAUAGACCGGGAUGGGAUACUGGGAUAGACUGGGAUGGGGACCGGGAUAGACACCGGGAUAGGAUAGGGAUGGGAUACUGGGAUAGACUGAGAGGGGACCGGGAUAGACUGGGGAAGGGACCGGGAUAGACACCGGGAUAGACAUGGAUGGGCACCGGGAUGGGGCACCGGGAUAGAGGAGAAGUGGACACCGGGGUAGAUCGGGAUGGAAACCGGAAUACAUCGGGAUAGAGGCGUUGCCAUGAACAGGAUCCGGAUCCACGUGCUGCCCACGAGCCGGGGCCGCCUGACCCCGGUGCCACGGCCUCAGGAGCCGCUGGCCUGUGCCUUCAGCCCCCGGCCCUGCUCCCAGCCCCGCCUGGAGGGGCAGGAAUUCUGCAUCAAGCACAUCCUGGAGGACAGGAACGCUCCCUUCAAGCAGUGCAGUUACGUGUCCGCCAAGAACGGGAAGCGCUGCCCCAACGCCGCCCCCAAACCCGAGAAGAAGGAUGGCCUCCUGACAGGCCCGGAGGGGCUGAUGGCCAAGGAGAGGGAGAACCUGAAGCGGCUCAAGUGCCUGCGGAGGUACCGGCAGCGCUACGGGGUGGAGGCUCUGCUGCACCGGCAGCUCCGGGAGCGCCGCGUCCUGGCCACCGACGGCGCGGCCCAGCAGGCCCACACCACCCGUUCCAGCCAGCGCUGCUUGGCCUUUGUCGAUGACGUCCGAUGCUCCAACCCGUCCCUGCCGAUGACCCGGCACUGCCUCACACAUAUCUGCCAGGACACGAACCAGACGCUGUUCAAGCCGUGCCAGGGCUCCGAGGAGGUGCCCUGCAACAAGCCCGUGCCCGUGAGCCUGUCGGAGGAGCCGUGCUGCCCCCUCCACCUGCGCCUGCCCCCCCAGAUGUACAUCCCAGAGCAGGGCCUGGCCGUGCCCCAGGAGCUGGGAGCUGCUCCCUCGGAGCUGUACCUGAGCGCGGCCGAGCUCCAGCCCACCGAGAGCCUGCCCCUGGAAUUCAGCGAUGUAAGUGGAGCCCACAGCCCUCUGCCCUCCUCAGAGAGCCCUCCUGGGAUGCUGCAUCCGGGUCUGGGAUCCUCGGCACGGGGGGGGGAGGACGUGGAGCUGCGGGAGUGA